CUAAAACCGAUCUCGAUAGGAUGCCGAUCACUUAUCCACGGAAAAUUUGGAUUGUUCGACACGCGGAACGCGAGGACAAUAUCAAUCGAAAUUGGCGUAAACUCGACGGAGCCGACGGUCUCACGUCGGACAAUUCGAUGCUCAGCGUGCGCGGUCGGCAACAGGCGAAAGAGUGCAAAAAUCGGUUCGAAAAUGCACAAAUCUCGCAUACGUUUGCCUCGCCGUUCGAUCGGACAAUUGAGACAGCUUCGACGAUUAUUGAGGAUAAAGGAAUGAAAGUGAAGGCGGACGGUGGCCUUUGUGAGGCACUUUAUCUUUGUGAUAAGCCUCCUGGAUUCUGGGAAACCGACAAACUAGCUGAGAAAUUUCCGCUUGUUGAUUUGGACUAUAUUCCUGUUUUCUCGAAGUACACACUACCCCGCGAAGGAUGUGGAGAUGACGCGUGUGUGCCACGUGUCGGAAAGACCCUGCGGGCGAUUUUCGAGAAAUAUGAAGGAAACCUCCUACUCGUCGGCCACGGAGCAUCAAUCGGCGCUUGCCACGAAGUGCUAAUGGGCGAUUUCAAAUACGUCGGGCAGGCUACCGUAUCCGAGUUCGAAGAGACGGCGCCCGGAAAAUAUCGGCACAAUUAUAGCUCCGACUCGUCUCAUUUGUCGGAUAAGAAGAACUUGAGGCCCUGGUAGUUGAGAUGCUUCAGUCAGAAAUCGCUGUUUUAAAAUAAUUUAUAUUUCCAUACCUUUUACGACUUUUAUAAGUAUAUAUUCAUAGCUUAAUUCUUUUUUCUGAAUUGAUUAGCUUCCAGGAAACCGGAAAAAAAUUAAUAAAUCGAUUUUCUUUUCGAGAAAU